AGAAACGGGCUGCUGGUGGCGAAGAUGGCGGAUGGGGACAGUGGCAGUGAGCGCGGUGGUGGUAGCGGCGGCGGCGUAGGGGGAGGAGGCGGUGGUUUCCAGCACUACCAGCGGGAACCGGAGACCCAGGAGCUGGCCUCGAAGCGUUUGGACAUUCAGAACAAACGCUUCUAUCUUGACGUGAAGCAGAACGCCAAAGGCCGGUUCAUCAAAAUAGCCGAGGUCGGUGCCGGGGGCUCAAAAAGUCGACUGACCCUCUCCAUGUCAGUUGCGGCAGAGUUCCGUGACUAUCUGGGGGAUUUCAUAGAGCACUACGCCCAGCUUGGGCCUAGCACCCCGGAGCAAAUCGCUCAAUCAUCCGGUGGAGAGGACACUGGGCCUAGACGGGCCUUGAAGAGCGAGUUCCUGGUGCGCGAGAACCGCAAAUACUACCUCGACCUUAAGGAGAACCAACGGGGUCGGUUUCUUCGGAUCCGACAGACCGUUAACCGUGGGCCUGGUUUUGGUGUCGGUGGAGGUGGUGUGCCCGGAGCUGGUCUGCAGUCCGGCCAAACCAUCGCACUUCCUGCACAAGGCUUAAUAGAGUUCCGUGAUGCUUUGGCGAAGUUAAUAGACGACUACGGGGGAGACGAGGAGGACCUGGUCGGCAGCGGAGGCGCAGGAGGUUACAGCGAGCUUCCGGAGGGCACCUCCUUCGUUGUGGACUCCAAGCGGUUCUUCUUUGACGUGGGAUCAAACAAGUAUGGCGUGUUCUUGCGGGUUAGUGAAGUGAAGCCCAGUUACAGGAACUCUAUAACGAUUCCCUUCAAGGCUUGGAGCAAGUUCGGGGGAGCGUUUAGCCGCUACGCCGAGGAAAUGAAAGAGAUCCAGGAGAGGCACCGGGAUAAAAUGUACGAGAGGAGAACCGGUGACGAGUCCGAGGGCGACGACGUGGACGACGACUGACGCAGAGGGAGCAACCUAAGAUGAAUCUGACGAAAUGGUGAAAAGUUCUGAAGAGAAACAAAAGAUGGAGGAACGACUAUUUUGUGCAUGACGAAUCGAACUUUGAAAAAAAAAAUAUUGCUAAAACAACGGAGAAAAACACGAAAGUAUGUUUGACUAAGAAAUCACUGUCUAUAUAAGAGAAUAUGUCCUAAAGAUUAGGUGGAUGUUAUAGAUAAAUGAGUGCGGGCUGCAGUAGUCAGCUCCUGUAUGAGAUUCCCUAUUGAUGAAAAAUAUUUAUAACUAUAUAUUUAUAUACAUCUAUAGCUCGUCCAUUUGAAAAACCUCAUGUGUAGCCCAGCAGAUUAAGUUUGACAAUGCUCAAAGACUCAGCCGUGCAGGUCGUCAGUCUUCACUUUUUGGUUGAUAUCCAAGGGUAACGUCACCUGGUGCUAAACCUAAGUCAGUGUGAUUCUUAACAGGCAGUGUGUGAAAUACUCAAAUCAACAGUUGUGGGAGUGAGGGAGGGCACCUGCAUCACUCGCCCUGGUUGCAUGUUUUGUUUUGUUUUUGAGGGGAUGGGUUUGGGGGGUUUUGGGUUCGUUUUUGUUUUUUUGGUCUAAAGUGACCCGCAAUGAACUGCUCGCCCAGGCGGAGCCCGAAAACACCCAUAGCCGUGACAUCUGCUGUAGUGAAGCACCCCUUGGCCUCACAGAACAAACCUUCUCAGCCCAGCAUCUUUUAUAAAGGUGGUCUGUUACAAGCACAUGUCUCAUUUGGACUCCCCCUGCCCCCCUCCCUCCAACAAUCCAAAUGGGUCCAAAUAUCUCUCUCUCCUUUUCCUGGACAUCCCUCAGGUGCUGAGCCUCUGCUCCAGUAGCUGCUCACACACGGCCUGUUGUGUCUCAGGGCUGUCGAGCCCCUCGUGUCUUUAUGGGGGCGGGGGGAGUUAUCAGCGUAACCUGUGCCGGCUUCAUCCUCCAGAAGUUCUGGGUGCAGAUCUGGUCGGUCAGUUGUUGCAGUCCGCAGCAACCAAUGUUGUUUCACAUGAUCCCGGGCCACACAUGACCCCCGUGACCUGUUGGUGAAGGGAGGGGGAUUCGGUGUGCUCGGGCCUCUAGCGUGGUCAAAGUUAAAGCUUAAUAUUGGUGGGCUUGAGCUACGGUCUCAAGGGAAACCGACCCUUGUUGACUUAUUUAAGAUGCACUAUUGAAAUCCUUUAAUCAUGAACUCAGAUCAUUGAAUGGCAGAAUGAUGUUCAGUCUGAUUGUAAGGAAAAAUUUAAAAAAAAAUUAGGUGCUUUUAAAAAAAAGAAAAAAACACAAACCCACAAUGGGGGGUGCUGUAUCUAUAAAAUAAAAUAAAAUAUAUAUAUACUGAAAGAGAUUUAGCUACUAAAAAAAGCUCAAGUAUAGAGUUAUUUUUCAAAAGAGAUAUAUUGAAUAUGUCUUAGGAAUAUGAGACAUUUAUAAGAUAAUGCUGCCUGAAGUGGCUUAUUUAAAACACUAAACUUGGAUGCAACUGUCCAAGGUGAUAUUUCAUACCUGCUUUUUUUUCUAACAUUUCUUUUAGCCAUUAGGAAAUAAUUAACAUGAUAAACUGAUAACACAGUACGUUAUCACAAAUUUGACAAAGCAACAUCAGUUUUUGUUUUUUGUCAGCAAACAGCACUCCAGGUCACUUUACAGAGCAUCGAGUUGUCUUCUUUGAAGUCCCUUAUUUUGUCAUUUCUGCAGUCAUCCACAUUUUAUUUUUAGCGUUCCUUUUAAUAAAAAUAAAAUAUAUAGGUUUGCAUGCCUGCUCUGCUGCAGAGCUUUGUGUUUUUUCGUUUACGUACUCUGAUUGCUGUAUGAUGGUAUUUAUCCAUAUUUGAGAGCAUUUUAAGUUGUUUCGCUAUAUAACAGUAGAGAAGAAUAAAGGUUAAAAGUUUACUUUUCGCCCUAAUUUUAAAGACAGCCACCGGUUUCCUGUUACCAUCAUCGUCCUCUCUCCUCGGUUUGCAAACCUCUUGUUGAACUUUGUUACCCACAGCAGAGAAAUGCCAUAUUAAAGUAUAACAAACAUCUGGGAGCAAUAGUGUUUUUUUUCUUUUCUAUUAUUAGGAAUAUACUAUAUAUAAUAUAACAGAUGAGAUUGAUCUACAUCCUUCUUCCUGUACUGUGUUACGUGAAAUGGCAGCUGUUCGAGUCAUGUGUGUUCUGCUGUAAUAUUCUACCACGAUCCUUUCAACGAGAAAUAAAAAAAACAUUUUUGCUCAGGA